CGACAAUAAAACAACGAACAAAAAUGACAGACAAUGGAGUCGUUUCGAAUUACCCGGAUGCACCACAGUCGCAACGGAAAGAGAUCUAUACAUAUCAAGCCCCCUGGCAAAUAUUUGCGUUGUCUUGGAGUCGAAGGUAGGCGCCUCGUAGWGUAAUUCAUGAACAAGGUCGACUAGAAUCAAGCUUUGAAAUGUUUCAUCUUUAACUCAUUCAUUGGUUUCCAUAUUAUUUCUACAGACCCGACCCGUCUUCGCAAUUCAGAUUGGCCAUAGGCUCUUACCUCGAACAAUACUCCAACGUUGUUUCUAUAAUAAAAAAGAAUUCUGCAAAGGACGAUAAUGGGACAUUAUACCAGGCUGCYGAAUUCGAUCAUCCCUAUCCAUGUACAAAGAUUAUGUGGUCACCAGACACGAGGCACGGAGCGAAGGACUUACUAGCAACCACAGGCGAUUAUUUGCGUAUUUGGAAUGUCAAUGAAGAUGGAUCUGGCAGAGGAACUGUCAACGUCAAAAAGGAAGGUCUGUUGAAUAAUAAUAAAAGUAGCGAAUAUUGUGCGCCAUUAACCUCUUUCGACUGGAACGAAACAGAUCCAAGCAUUAUCGGAACAUCUUCGAUCGAUACCACGUGCACAAUAUGGGAUGUCAACACUCAGCAAGCAAGAACACAAUUGAUCGCUCACGAUAGGGAGGUAUUUGAUUUAGCAUUCGCGAGAGGAAAAGAUGUUUUCGCCUCUGUAGGCGCGGAUGGAUCUGUUCGCAUGUUCGACCUACGAAGCCUUGUCAAUUCAACUAUAAUCUAUGAAUCACCAGAUCUUGAGCCAUUGCUCAGAUUGGAAUGGAACAAACAGGUAAAACUAUUUGAUCGACAAACACCUUGUAUUGACUGUUAUAUCUAUUAUUUCGGCUUUACUCACGGCACUUACCUGACUGUCGCUCUCAUGUUCAGGACCCCAAUUAUAUGGCUACAUUCAUGGUAGACUCGAGACGAACUGUCAUAUUAGAUAUUCGAGUACCCUCUUUACCUGUGGCUGAACUUGGGGGUCACUUGGGAUGUGUGAAUGCACUAGCUUGGGCACCACAUUCGUCGUGUCAUAUAUGUACAGCAGGUGAUGAUUCGCAAGCUCUAAUCUGGGAUCUGAGUGCAAUGCCGAAACGUCCUGUCGAUGAUCCUAUCCUAGCUUAUAAUGCAGAUGGCGAAAUCAACAAUUUACAGUGGAGUUCAAGCCAACCUGACUGGGUAUCAAUCGCGUUUAAUGAAAAACUCCAGAUCCGUAAGUACACAAGUAUCCGUUGUGUUUAAAUCGAUUGCGUCUAGAUUUGUGUCUAAUGGAAACUUCCCAUCAAUGAAUCACGUCACUUCGUGUAAUAAAGUGAGGGUCUGAUUCUUUUCACUACGAUAUGAAGUGAGAACCAAAAAGCACUACGUCACCUGUCUCAGGAAGAACCAACCUGAGCUUCUGCUUCUGUACCGGCCCGUAUUCAUCCGGGAUUCACCACUAGUGUCAGCCAAGAGACAUUGUUUAUAUCGAAAUCCCUUCCUGGAAUCUGUAGACUUUGAGGCAUGGAGCUUGUUUUGUGCUGAGAAGAACGAUCGGACACCAAGGAAGAAGCGUCCACRGGUACAGCGUAUCUGAGUGAGAUGCGUGCAAAGGAGAGAUAGCUGCCWGCGUUAUCUUGCUCAUUGUGAACAUUUGUAAAUGGAWUGGUCCUUGUUGAAUAAAAAAGUACGAAGACAAUCCGAAAGAGGCACACAGUGCUACUAUAGUAGCUGUUGUGAUGAUGGCGUUCAUAUCUUCGUUUUUGAAAAGUAUUAAAUUAUAGAUUUCAUU